GUAUGUAUGCCUUGGUGUUUGAAAUGCGUUUCAUGGUUUCUUGCCCAAAUAAAAGGUUGCGAGCUUUGAAUUUCACCAAAACUCGUUGGUUUUGAAAGUGGGUAGAAUUGAAAUCUUUGAAUCAAAUUCAAACCCCCCACCUAUUUCUUUUUUCUGCAUUCCCAUUUUCAAGAAAACGUAGAGAACCUUCUCAUCAGUGUCAAAUUUUUGUACGAGAAAAAAGAAUUCAAAUUAGUACCAACUGCAAAGCCCCUUUUACACGUAUUAUCCGUAUUUGAAGGUCUCGUAGACUCUCAUUUUCCAAAAUAUAAUGUCUUGACUUCCAGAAUCUGCAGUUAAAACCCUAUAGGCAUAUAUAUAUAGAGGGGAGGUGGUGUAAUACUUACAAACAGAUAUAGUAAAGAGUGAGUUGCUUUAUAUUUGUUUCUGACAGCAAAAAGACUUGAAAUUGAGCUGAGGUCUUCCAUUUCUGGUGGAGGCCUUAAAAGUUUAUGGGAUUAUCACUAUCGUUGCUCGUUUCAGCUUGGCAAGAAAUUAUAAAACACAGUCUUUACAACUUUGUGGUCAGUGUUGGAUUCAGGGGUGGGAAUCAGGAGAUGAUGACUUUAAGUGCCGACAGCUUUGGCGAUUCAGAAUCUGCAGCUAUGACCAUGAGAAGAGGGUUCAACAAGAUGAGCAGGAAAAAUUCAAUAAAGUUGAGGAAUUGCGAGCCUGUGAAGUUGGUUCUUGAAACCUCGCUUUCGUUCAAGGACUUAGUUCAAAGCAUCAGAAGAUCAGAAUCCGAUGAUGGGAAUGAUGAGGGUCGUAAUAAUAAGUCGGUUUCCGUUGCUUCUCUCCCUGAGCCUGCGAUUAUGUUCUCUCCACGGCCCGUUAGCGAGCUUGAUGCAGCUGCUGUCAAGCUUCAAAAGGUCUACAAAAGCUACCGGACCCGAAGGAACCUUGCAGAUUGUGCCGUUGUUGUAGAGGAGCUAUGGUGGAAGGCCUUGGACUUUGCAGCUCUGAAACGUAGUUCUGUAUCAUUUUUCAAUGUUGAGAAACCAGAAACUGCUGUUUCGCGGUGGGCUAGAGCACGAACCAGGGCAGCCAAGGUCGGAAAGGGAUUGUCGAAGGAUGAAAAGGCUCAAAAAUUGGCUCUACAGCAUUGGCUUGAAGCAAUUGAUCCACGCCAUCGGUAUGGACACAAUUUGCACCUCUAUUAUGAUAUCUGGUUCAAGAGUGAAAGCGCGCAGCCGUUCUUUUACUGGUUGGAUGUGGGAGACGGAAAAGAAGUAAAUCUUGAGAAGUGCCCGAGGAGCCAUUUGCAACGUCAGUGCAUCAAGUAUCUAGGACCAAACGAGAGAGAAUCAUAUGAGGUUGUGGUUGAAAACGGCAAACUUGUGUACAAGCACAGCGGCGUCUUAGUGGAUACGAUCGAGGGCUCAAAGUGGAUAUUUGUUCUUAGUACAACGAGGGCAUUGUACGUAGGACAGAAGAAAAAGGGCUUUUUCCAGCACUCGAGUUUCUUAGCUGGUGGAGCCAUCACAGCUGCUGGAAGAUUGGUUGCUCAUGUUGGGGUUCUUGAGGCAAUUUGGCCAUACAGCGGUCACUAUCUCCCGACAGAAGAAAACUUCAAGGAAUUCAUAAGCUUCCUCGAGGAGCAUCGUGUUGAUCUAGCAAAUGUAAAGAGAUGUGCAACUGAUGACGACCGGCCUCCUCUCAGUAAGGACGCUAAUGAGGAAUCGAUCCCAAGACGUACAUCAGACAACAGUCUGAAUCAACCACAAAGCACAUCCACCAAGGACGACCCAUCAACAGAACAAGAAAUCACGCUGUGUGAUCACAAAGAUAAGCCAGUAUACAACUUGGCCAAGCGUAUGUCCUGCAAAUGGAGCACGGGAGCUGGACCGAGGAUCGGUUGUGUCAGGGAGUACCCGGCAGAACUCCAGUUCCGUGCACUCGAACAAGUUAACCUUUCGCCUCGUCUGGCCAACGCACCUUUUAGCAACUACGGCCCGAUCCCAUCACCACGUCCAAGCCCAAAAGUUCGACUCUCUCCCAGAGUUGCGUACAUGGGGCUGCCUAGUCCAAGAACGCCUAUUCCUGCAGCUAACUAAGCAUUGGUAGGAGGAGGAAGAAUAAACUGCAGGGAUCAUGCUGGAAGUAACCUGUGGGCUGAAGAGCUAACUCAAAUCUUCUUUCAUUGCAUUAAUGUCUGUAAAUGGCUCAUUUGCAUGGCAAAUCUUUUGUUUUUUUCUUUCUUGGAAGUUAGGUUCAUUUUUUAUUUGUUUAUUUUUUGUCUUAACAGAAAUUAAUAUUGCGAAUAUGUUUAUAGAUUUUUGCUUGUAAUCCGGAAAAAAGCAUAUUUAAUUAUUAAUUAUUCACAAAUUAAGACUUGAGUUACGAAA